AUGUGUCGUCGGCGUUUCAGAUGCCUGGAGCUAGCUGAGUCGCAGACAAGAGAUAAUAAUAAUGUCAAGAUACUAGAGAUUUGUGAGAUUGCAUUAUUCUCAUGUCAGCCAGGGAGACCACCAUCGCCCUCAGGAGACAGCCUCACGGCAGCCCAGAUCGAAGCCGUCGCGCCCAAAUCCUCAUCCUGCGCGAACCCCGAAGAAAUCGCUCCAGAGGAGUGUGCAACAGCCGAGCAGGCCGCACCCGCGCUGACAACCGCGUUUGAGAAAUAUGGUGUAACGUCCAAGGCAGAGCAGGCUGCUGUUCUUGGUCUGAUUGCGUUUGAGAGCGGCGAGUUCCGCUUUAGCAGGAACCAUUUCCCUGGUGUUGAGGGACAGGGCACACGAAACAUGCAGUCCCCCGACUUCAACAAGAAGUACGCGGCCUCCAUCGAUUCCCUGAAGGAGAGGUUUGAGGCGGUCAAGGAUCAGCCUGGGAAGGUGCUGGAUCUGCUUCUCGAAGAGCCGGCUGUUGAUUUCGGAUCUGGUGCUUGGUUCUUGACCACACACUGUAAGGACAGUGUGAGGAAGGAGCUCCAGAGUGGUAGCGAGGAAGGGUGGAAGGGGUACAUUGUUGACUGUGUGGGCACGGAGGCGAAUUCAGAGAGGAAGGGAUAUUGGACCGCUGCUGUUAAGGCGCUGGGCGCUUAG